AUGGAUUAUGUCAGCAUUGUGCUCGAGGAGUUGAAGAUUCUAUAUAUCGGCCAGAGCCUUGACUUAUACUGGACUUGCAAUCUCGUGUGUCCGUCAGUUGGGGAACACUUGAAGUCGGUCGACAACAAGACAGGUGGCAUCUUCCGCAUGCUCCUCAGGCUUAUGGAGGCGACAUCGCUUUCGACAAACAACCCCGACCUCCGUUGCCUUAUCAUCCUCCUUGGUAGACACUUCGGAAUUAGAGACGACUACCAGAACCUGUGCUCAAAUGACUAUGCCAGACAAAAAGGGUUCUGCGAAGAUUUGGACGAGGGCAAAUACUCCCUACCUAUAAUCCAUGCACUCCAUUCUCUCUCAGAGGACCAGGGCAUGGUUUUGCGUAACAUGCUAGCCCAAAGACGAGUCAACGGCAAGUCGUCGCUGGAGCACAAGCAACUGAUCCUGCAGCUCAUGCAGCAGUCGGGCAGUUUGAACUACACACUUGCGGCCUUGAGGCAGCUGCAGUCCGAGAUCGAUAAAGAGGUUGAAGCGAUCGAGCUCUUGUCGGGGUUUCGAAAUGACGGUCUCAGGGCGCUACUUUACAAGCUUUACGUCUAG